UUCUGCUAAAACUAUCAAUCCAAAUCCAGAACUGCUUAGUAUGCUCUACUCUGUAAAGUCCUCCUCAUCAGAGACAAUAUAAAUAAAGACUGAGUACUACAUUUCCUGAGCUUUUAUCAUUAAUAAACUCCAAACAUUCAUAAAGAACCAUGUGCAGGAUGCCGGGAGACCCCCGUCCGUCUGUGUGGGGAGGAGACGGGGGGUGUACUGAAUGAUAAAGAGGGAAAAUAAUAGCGUGUUUGGGGCGCCGGUGAGACUAGAGAGGAGGCAGUGGAAAUUCAAAAGACCACAGGCGACUGCGGUGGCUCAUUUUAUACAAGACAAAAGCAUGCCAUUAGUAAUCAAGCAGACCACAAUCAGAAGGAACUUUCAUUCAUGAAAACGGGAUGUUUUUCAUCCGCAUAUGAAAAGACCACUCAUCCUGGACAGAUAUAUACUAAAUAGGCAUGGAACGGUUUUUGUGAAGGAACCGAACCGUACGGUUUGCUUGUCACGGCGCGGGGCGUGUGUAAACCGUACAGGGUCCACGGGUUUUUUUUUUCUCCAGACGUUCGAAAUUCGCAUUAUAGCCAAAUGCCCGUAUGUCACCAUGUGGUUCUCAUUCGUGCCAAAGAAGCGAAAGCGAAGGUUUGUGGUGGCAUGGACAAACAUGGCAAGUGGGAGUGGAGUAGGCAGGCUGCCUAGGCCAGAGAUGAAGGAUGCCCCAGCAUUGUUUAAAUCAGGUGUGUGGGAUCAUUUCGGAUUCCCCGUCACAUACGAUGAUACUGGCAAUAAAAACGUGGAUCGAACUGUUACAAUAUGCAAGCAUUGCAAAACCCGCAUUGCAUACGCUAGUGGAAACACUUCCAAUAUGACCGGCCAUUUACGAAGACAUCACCCAAGUGUGUCAGUAAAGGGGAGGAGAGGAGAGCCUGCCAAAAAGCCAUUCACAAUCAGCGCGGCAUUUAAACAGCCCCUGGCUGAGGACACCGCCAAGGCGAAAUCAAUUUCCAAAGCCAUAGGUAUAUUCAUUGCAAAGGACAUGCAGCCCUACAGCGUGGUGGAGGGUGAAGGCUUUAGGAAUAUGAUAAAGGUGCUGGAGCCGCGGUACGUCAUGCCCUCUCGUAGAUACUUUGGCACCAAUGUGAUACCGAACUUAUAUGAAGAGACAAGGGUGGACAUAGUUAAGGAGUUAUCUGAGGCAUGCCAAAUAGCUCUGACGACGGAUGGAUGGACUUCCAGGUCCACCGAAAGUUACCUUACAGUGACUGCCCACUACAUUACGCCCCAAUGGGAGUUACGAAGCUGCGUAUUGCAAACGCGCCCAAUAUAUGAGAGUCACACAAGCGAAUUUCUCUCCGAAAAGCUAAGAGAGGUGGUGGAGGAAUGGAAAUUGGAGAGGGACAACGGCACCAUCCCUGUCACGACUGACAAUGCCAAGAACAUAGUGAAUGCAGUAGGUUUGACGGAGGGACUUGGGCCACAGAUAUCCUGCUUUGCUCACACAGUCAACCUGGCAGCCAAAAGCGCCAUCUCUACAGCCCAAAUCUCACGACUGCUGGCGAAGGUCAGAAAGGUGGUCACCUUUUUCCAUCGAAGCACAACAGCCGCCUUCAUCUUGAAAACAAAGCAGGACAUGCUGACACUGCCAGACCACAAGUUAAUUCACGACGUGCCAACGCGCUGGAACUCCACAUACGAUAUGUUAAAGCGCUAUGUGGAGCAACAGGCGGCCCUCUAUUCCACGGUGACAGACAAAAAUAUGAAAAAAAAAAAGCCAAGGACAUUUCCCUGUUAACCGACAGUGAAACAAAGCUGACAGAGGGCCUCAUUGAUGUUCUUAAACCUUUGAAGAAUGUGACUACCCUGAUGAGCACAGAAACAUCUCCCUCUGUCUCAAUGAUUAUGCCACUGCAGAGGAUGGUACUGAAAGCAAUGGCACCAAGUGCAGACGACAGUUCCACCAUCAAAGAUGCCAAGGCAGCCAUCACCAAGGAUCUUCAAAGCAGAUACAGUGACCAUAGUAUUCAGGAUUAUCUGCACAGAGCCACAGCACUGGAUCCCAGGUUCAAGUCCUUGCCUUAUCUGGAUGAAGCCUGCGUUCAGAAAAUCUGGGAUGAUCUCACAUUGGAAAUUGUAAACCUCGAAGAGCAGGCUCAACAACACUGUGAAGCUCAGGCAGCCAGUUCAUAUUCAGCAGCGGAAUCUGAGCCGUCAGAGACCUCUCCUCCCCCCAAGAAAUCUGCCAUGGCAACAGUUUUUGCUGAUUUUUUUACAACAGAGGCAAGAAGUACAAAGCCUUUGCCAGAAACCAUUCGUGAAGAGGUCACCUCAUACAAGGAAACAAGCUGCAUUUCUGUGGAUGAAGAUCCCCUCGCAUGGUGGAAAACCAACGCACAUAAGUAUCCCCAUGUAGCAAAGUUGGCACAACGUGACCUGGCUGUCCCAGGUACAUCUGUGCCAAGUGAGCGUGUUUUUUCCACAGCAGGGGACAUUGUCACUGCAAGUAGGUCUCGCCUCUUGCCAGAAAAUGUUGACAAACUGAUUUUCAUGCAGAAGAA